AUGUUGACGAUCGACCUCAGCCAGCAAUCAGAGGACGUCCUGUCGGAUAGACACCUCCAGAAAGUGACCGACGUCAUGCUCAAGGCUAAAAAGACCAUUGUUGUUACUGGUGCAGGCAUUUCUUGCAGCAGUGGUAUUCCGGAUUUCCGCUCAGCGGAUGGAUUAUACAAUCUGGUCAAAAAGCAAUAUCCCGACACAGUUUUGAAAGGCAAGGAUCUUUUCGACGCCAACCUGUUCCGCGAUUGCAAAACCACGGCAGUUUUUUACACCUUCAUCUCAGAGCUCCAUGCUCAGACAUUGAAGGCCAAGCCAACACCGACCCACCACUUCAUCAAGAUGCUUUCGGAACGCGGCAAGCUCCUGCGGUGCUAUACACAGAACAUUGAUUGUCUUGAGGAGGAAUUGGGGAUGGAUACUAGUCUGGUGUGCGACAAGGGCAAGGUCAAGAAGGAUGUCAACGUAGUUCAGCUUCAUGGGUCCCUCAGGAGGCUCAAGUGCACGCUCUGCAGUGAGCCCUAUGGCUUCCAGACGGAUUACCAGAAGGUUUUCAAGGAGGGAGAUGCACCCGGAUGCCCAAAGUGCGAGCUGUAUGAUGGUAUUCGUGUUGCGCAGGGAAAGCGGAAGGUGGCUACCGGGACACUGCGACCAGACAUUGUUCUCUACAAUGAGAACCACCCCUUUGGAGACGCGAUUGGCAAGAUUCAGAGCAGCGAUCUUUCGCGAUCACCGGAUGUCCUGUUGGUGAUGGGAACAUCGCUCAAGGUCCAUGGAUUGCGUCUGUUGGUCAGAAAGGCAGCCAAGAUUGUGCACGGGAACAAGAAGGGAUGCGUCAUCUUGGUCAACAAGACCCCGAUUGUCGGCAAGGAGUGGGCAGGUGUGUUUGACUACUUUGUCGAGGGCGAGACGGACGGUUGGUGCAGCAUUGUCGAGAACGCGAUUCGCCAGGUCAAGGUCCAGACCAAGUUGCCGUUCAAGCCCUUGACCCCUGCUCAGGCAGAUGCACAGACACAAAUGGCGAAGGCAAAGGUAGACGAGGCAGUGGGGGGCGAAAAGGAGAUGGAGAAGGAGAAGAAGAGGUCUGUCGUGAAAAAGACGAGCGGGAAGAAGACAGUGGAGAAGAAGACGGCAGAGACGGAAAGGACUGUGACCAGGUCAACAGCAGCAGCAGCAGAGAGGACGGUAGUCAAGCGGAAGCUUGUCCAAGACAAGGAAAACCAGCUUCCUCUGGCGUUCACAAAGAAGCAGAAGGCAACCACCGCAACCAGGGCAUUGGCAGCAAAGAAGGUCUAA